AUGGCGGAUUUUAAGGCGCCUUCUGGAAGCAGCGUUACAAGGUAAGAAAAGUGCUAUUUAAUUUUAAAUAAAGCAGAAAGUUUGCGCUAGUUUAAAACUUUAAAGUAUGAUGUAUUUCUCUGAUUUUGCUAAAGAGUUGCAAGGCGAAAUUAUGGUGUAAAUAUUGGAACAUUUUUCAAGUCGAAGUUCAGAUCAGACACUGAUCACUACAUCAGCUUAUUAAAAAAGACCCUUGACCCUUCUCUUCCUUACAUUUUUCGGUCAUUCAAAAGCUUCUAAUUUAUCACAGAGAGAGAGAGAGCUACAUUAUUGUGGAUUUUUAUAGAUCCAUCUAAACUUGAACAGAUUUAAAAUGUUGUCGUCCGGAAAAAUUUUUGGUUUGUCGGAAAAAUUUUUCGGUUUGUCAGAAAAGUACUGCUCUUGGCCCCCCAAAAAAACAUGGGUCGCACGGCGCCCCUGGAGGAUACAGGAAAUUCUCGAAAAAUAAGAAAAAAUGGGAAUCCAGCUUUUAGAAUCUCUUGUGAAAAUAUGUUACCCCUUUAUCAUUACAGCAGCAUCUACUUGGACCUCAUAGUUGCUCAACUGUCAAACAUGAAAAUCGCUAAUUAUUUAACGCUAUUUGUAUUUAUUUAUUAGAUCACAAGCUAGGAAGAGAAGAGUUGUUGCUGGCCAGGUAUGAGAAAGUCAACAAUAUCUCACCAAGUCAUUGUUGACAGGUUACGAAUCUAUAGUCUAAUCCGAAUUAACAUCCUCAAUUUUCCAUCUUGCUAUCUACAGAUGUUUGCCAAAAAUCGACCUCUAUACUUAGUCUAUACUUAAUAUAAAUUUUAUGUUGUUUGGACAGUUGGGAUGCGAGCUACAAUGUUUUGAAAUCUUACAUGUUCCUAUACAUUUGAGAGUUAUAGCAAAAACUAAAUUUUCAGAGUGCAUUAACUUGUAACCCUGACUGUCCGAACUACAUGAAAUUUUCACGGGUCAAUUUCUGCCAAAUAUGAAGAUGACAAAUCGAUAACACUUGGAUCGGAGAAUGGUGUCAUAUGAAUUGUUGUUUCAGGAAGAAGAAAAUGAUGCAGGUUUUCGUUUCACAAGACGAAGUAAAAGACUUCGAGAUCAAGGACAAGUAUGUACAUAUUCAUCAUACAGUGAAACAAAUAGGGUUUGAAUUAAUGUUGUGCUGCAUUGUGGAAACACCAUGUAAAUUUAUUACUGCAAAGCUUUUGAUCCGUAAGCCCGGAUCUUCAUCAGUGCUAAUAACAAAGAUUAGAUACCAGAAAGAUGCGCCACUCGACAUAUUUCCCUAAUGUUUGCAUGUCCAUAAUUUUCACUUACUGCCAAAAUGGCGGCGAGACUGAUGGAUUUUACUAUUUAGAGACUGGUGGCGUUGAAUUUGACACUUACUGGCAAAAUGGUGGCUAUAAAAAAAUCUCGGACAUAAUUUUCACAGAGUGGCGCAUCUCUAUAGUAUCCAAUCUUUGCUAAUAAUAUGUGACUUCGCUGAUUUAAUUCACACACUCUUUUUAUAUACAAAAGUGUCGUGAUCUGUUGGCUCUCGUCAUUUGAAAUUUAAUUAAACAGCACAUCAACCACAUCAUUUCAAACGUAGUGAAGUGAUUCCAAUUAACAUGCGCGCAUCCAAGACAAGAGAAAUUAAUUUUGCACAUUAAAGAAAGCACGCCACAUACUAUCUAGUGGCUUUCCAUAAAAAAUAAUUUGGAAUGUUUUUUUCUAUAACUAAUGGUGUGAGAAAAAAAUUUUCUAAACCUAAAUUUUGCAGAUAUUGGUAAAAAAAAAGGGUUUUACCCAUGUUUUAACAAGAAGUUGUGCGGGAAAAAAAUUUUUGAACCUUAUUAACUUAAUUUAACUGAUGUUAGUCCGGAAAAAUGUUUUUGACCAUUUUUUUUAACGUCCGGAAAAAAUUUUACACCCCUCGCUCACUAACAUUUUUGGGAAAAAUAGGGCCCCGAAAUAGAAAUUUGCCUUGGGCCCUUGAAUUUCUCUGAUAGUCCCUGCAAAUAACUAUACCAAACAUUGUGUUUGCAAGGUCAAUUUACAAAAUGUUAUUAUUUGGUGAAUUAUGUUUCUUUUUAUUCAAAUCCAAGGCACAUAAUUAUGUAGUCUGACAUGCAUAGUCUCAACUGAUCAAUUUUAGACUAAGACAUCCAAUGUACCUAAAGAAAUGUCCACAGACAACGAAAAUGCCGUAAAAGAAGCAAAAAGAAGGAGAUCAAGUUUCAUACGAGGAAGGAAGAUUCAUUCGCCAUUGGAAGUUUGUCAAUCAGAAAGACUAGCAGCUGUUCAAG